AUUAUAUGAGACUAUUGGUCCUUUUAUGAAACUAUAAGUGUAAUGAACUUUGUCAAGGUUACCAAUUUCAUAAUUUUGAAGUUCCUCAAUUACUUCUUCUGGGUAGCAUUUGUCUUCCAAAAGUUUGUUGACACUUUUUUCUAUCAUCUGUUUGAAAUACAAUGGAUGUAAAAUUUCUUCAGCAACCUUGCCAACUUUAGAUCGCAUGUUAACGUCACCAGCAGCAUCUUUUGGCUCAGCAUGUUUUGUAUUUUUGUGGCGGGUGAGACCUUUUUUCGACAAGCAAACUUUCUGGCAUAUUUCACAAGUAAAAGUAGCAGCAGAGUCAACAAAAGAUGCAUGCGAUUUUUCAAAAGUAUACCUUCAAACUUCUAUUGUCAUUCUAAAAUAUUAUUAUCAAUUACUGCGAAGAUUGCAUCCAAGUCUUCCCCACUGAAAAAGUCUUCCUAUCGUUCAGCCAUCUUCUCCGCAAAUGUUUGCAUUUAAAUUAUACGGGCCCCCUAAUUUCAACCCCCGCGCUUAAUGGUAUCAGUAGGAUGGCCCUUUUAUCCAGACUAUUAUUUUUCCUGUGACUAUGCUGUAAUGGAUUUAUGUGGCAGUAACUCCUUUUUAGCUGUUCAAACAGCUGCAUUAUUUACUCAGUGUUUAUGUAUAAAAGAUUUUCUUUACUAUAUUUUCACUUUAAACCAUUACGCGUACGAAAAUGAUUUUGACUUAUUAUCUAAAUUGCUGAGGUCAGCAGAAAUUUGCAAUUACAAAUGUAUUAUAAACAAGAAAAAAAAUCGACUUUUAAACAAGUUCACUAGAGAAGGGAUAACAUUAAGGACAUGUCACUUCUUUUCGUUGAGUAUUCAUCACUGUAGUAUAGCUUAAGUGUGCAAAUUUUCGCGAGGAGAAAUUUUUUCCUCGCGAAAUUUUUGAAAAGCCUCGAUUCGCUAAAGUAAAUUAUAAAAAUCACACAUUUACCACAUAUUUUCAUAAGUAAUGCUUCUUUAAAGAUUUCAUCGCUAUAAAAAUUUAGUACCAAGGUGAACAGAUAACUUGUAACUUGGUUUGAAAUAAAACUUUCCAAAAUUAAGCACUGAAAAACAUCAACAACCAAGAUCCAUCGUCCUCGCCGUGUGCAGGUGAAGAACGAGGAUUUGAUCAAAUUGUUUUUCUGGGCUGAAAAUUUGUAGCAUCGGGACAACUAAAUAAUUUAUAGUAGCCAAUAUACUGGAAUAUGAAAAGCAGCCUGUGCCACGGUCUUGUUAAGGCGUCAAAAUAAGCGCUAGCGGCUUUGGGAUGGGCAACAAGCCCUGAAGACGAGAAUGAGUUUUAUUUAUUCCAGGCGCAUUUGACAUAUAUUUGAUUCCAUAUUUUGCCUGUUACGCGAAAAUAAAUCCUCGCGAAAUUUUUGAGAACUCUCGUUUCGCGAAAAUAAAUCCUCGCGAAAUUUUCGAAAACCAUCUAUUCGCGAAAAUAAAUCCUCGCGAAAUGCAAUUUUUUUAGCUCGCGAAAAUAAAUCCUUGCAAAAAUUUGUACACUUGUACAUGUCGAGAGUGCUGAAAGUAGCAUCUCGUAAUUGCAAAACGUCUAAUAUCAUCCCAGAAAAACUCCCUAAAAAUGCGAAACCGGAAUUUAUCAACGAUGCUUUUUCAUCGCCAACACACCGCCAUUUUUAUAUUUGUGCUUUAGUCAUCUUUUGCCUUUUUGUGGUAUCUGUGCUUUAAUUAAAAAAACUACCUUACAUUUACUUUCAAUAUUGUGCGUUCAGCCAUUCAUCACGAGGGAGAAAUGGUAAAGUCGACAUUUUGGUAGCUAAACCAAGCACUCUUACUUUUCUUCGCAGUAUGACUCCAGAGAAUAGUUUUGUGUGCUGAGCUAAAAAAAUAACAGAUAGGAAAAGAUAAUAGAAGUAAAGUGUUUCGGUUCAGUAAGCAACCUUAUAAAUAUAGUGUAUUUAUUUUAGGCUGAUUCAAAAGUAUGUUAGCCACUGUUUUAAAACCUCGGAACAAACAACUUUAUUUUAGAUUUUGUAUCAGAAAAGAAGGUGGUCAGAGUACAAUUAAAGUACAAUUCUUUUAACCUCAAGUAAACGAGACUUUCUUUUUACUUUGUUAAACAACAUUUGCUAUGCUUCAAUUUGACAGUUUAAGACAUGUGACACAUUAACAUAUUUCAGUUGUUUUCAUACUGAAAUUUGAAUCGUAGUAAUGUUUCUCAGUACAUAAAAACACUCGAGCAGAAUAUCGCAGUCGACAUUUCAAACCGCCAUGGAGUGGAAUAUUGCAAAGAUCAUUCUUGUCGUCUACACUGCAACGAGUUUGGGAAAACCAGCUAACUUCUUAACACGACACUAAGGAGUAAAUAAAGAGCAAGAAAAAAGAAAGAAUAAGUUGGCUGGAAUGAAGCCUAUUUACAAAUGGCCGUUUUUCAGCUAUUUCUUGAAACGACCACGGUUUGUCCAGUACUCUGCGGCAUUACCUUCUGGAGAAAUAUUUAAGAAGCAAAUAUCAAAUCAAUGGUUCAAAGAUGGCGAGGAGCUUAUACGUAAAAAUCUAAGAAGAAAAGUCAUAUCAAACAAAGCUAAAGGGGUCAUUGUGUUUAUUGGCGAUGGAAUGGGAAUCAGCACAGUUACUGCUGGAAGAAUAUUGGAUGGUCAACUGAAAAAUCAAACAGGGGAAGAAAAUAUAUUGAGUUGGGAAGAUAACGACAAUUUUCCUAACGUUGCGCUUUCAAAAACAUACAACACUGAUAUGCAAACUUCAGAUUCAGCUGGCACAGCAACAGCAAUCAUGACAGGAGUAAAAACCAAAUCAGGAGUUAUUUCUUUAAACGAAAAUGCCAAGAGAUCCGACUGCGCUUCAAGUAAGGGCCAAGAUGUACUUUCCGUCAUAAUGUUAGCAGAGAUGGCAGGUCUUUCGACAGGUGUAGUCACAACAGCCCGGAUAACGCAUGCCACUCCAGCAACAGCCUAUGCACAUUCUGCUGAAAGAAGCUGGGAAGCAGAUGUCGACGUUCCUGUUGGAUCAAGUUGCAAAGAUAUAGCUAGUCAACUUAUCGACUUUCCGUAUGGAGAUGGAUUAGAAGUCGCGUUUGGUGGUGGUCGUCGGAAUUUUCUUCCAAACUCAGAGAAGGACAUCGGAGAAAAAGGUUUGUUUGGCAAACGAAGUGACGGAAGAAAUUUAGUUCAUGAAUGGUUAAACAAGUCGAAGCAUCAUUAUUAUGUUAACAACGAAAAAGGAUUUAAAAAUUUGCACCCUGAGAAGGUUGAUCACGUGUUAGGAUUAUUUAAUUAUGAUCAUAUGCAAUACUCAUACGAUCGAAGGAACGACAUCGCUGGGGAACCAUCUUUAACAGACAUGGUGGAAUUUGCAGUAAAAGUUCUGAGUAAAAAUGAUAAAGGAUACGUGCUUUUGGUUGAAGCUGGUCGAGUCGAUCAUGGUCACCACGCAUCAAAGCCUUUCCAAGCUUUACAUGAUACAGUUGAAAUGGGGAGAGCUGUAAAAAAAGCUACUUCAAUGACAAACCCAGAGGAAACGCUUACUAUCGUAACAGCCGAUCACUCACAUGUUUUCACAUUCGGCGGUUAUCAGUCGCGUGGGACAGAUAUCUUCAAUUACACCAACGCAAAACGGUUCAUUGCUAAAGAUGGUCAGAGGUUUACAUCGCUUUCCUACGCAAAUGGUCCAGGCGGAGGGCUGCGACCGCCUACAAAUGAACAGUUAAAAGAUAAAGAUUUUAAAUGGCCAAGUUUAGUGCCUCUGAAUAGUGAAACUCACGGUGCCGAAGACGUAGGUAUUUACGCUCGAGGAACGCAAUCUCAUUUAAUUCGAGGAGUUGUUGAACAAAAUUAUAUAUUUCAUGUCGUCGACUAUGCGUUGUGCUUAUCACAAAAUAAACAAAAAUUAUGCGCAGAAGAAAAAACCACUACGAAAAGUAGUUCAUCGAAAAAAAGUUUGAUACCAAUUUUGCAGGCUGUUAUGCCAGCCCUGUAUGUACUUGUGAUUCUGUUGUGAGACUUUUAGUGAGAAAGUUACAAAUGUAAGUCCCAUUGGGUACAUGCAUUCAGAAAAACAUUUCUUGAUUCUCAAAGAACGGGUAAAUGUUAUAUUAAAAUUAUUUUAAUUAUUUAAAAUCGUAUAGGUUGACGUAAAAUAUAUCACAGGUAA